GAAAGAAAAAAGAUCGCAAAGUUGAAUUUCCGGCCGGCCGCCCGCCGCAACUAUGGAAGGUGAAGACGAUAAUAAGAAUAUGAUGAUGAGUAAAUUCAUGGUUGGUUCUAUUCCAUCUGUGUACUACAUCCCAGACUUCAUCACAGAGCAAGAGCAAGUGCAGCUGCUAGAUAAUAUCACUCAUGCCCCUAUUGCCAAAUGGAAAUCAUUGAAGAACAGGAGACUGCAAAAUUGGGGAGGUGUUGUCCAUGAAAAGGGUCUCCUUCCCCAAGAUUUGCCUCCUUGGUUGACAAAUAUGACACUCAGAAUAUCCAAAGCAUCGAUGGGCUUUUUCCCUUGUGCAAUCAAUCAUGUUCUCAUCAACGAAUAUCUACCUGAUCAAGGCAUAAUGCCUCACCAGGAUGGACCUGCUUAUUUUCCGGUUGUAGCAAUCUUGUCACUUGAAUCACCUGUUGUUAUGGAUUUUACUCCCCAUUCUUUACCAAGCAGCAGCAGCAGCAACAACAACAACACUCCUUCUUUUUCUGUCCUACUGAUGCCUCGAAGUUUGCUUAUAUUUAAAGAUCAGGCUUACUCAGAUUAUUUACAUGGUAUAAAGGAUUGUGAGGUGCAUCAUUUUAAGGAGUCUGUGAAUCUUACUGAUCGGGAUUUGAAGCGCUUACUAGAACGAGAGGAAGGAAACGCCACUGAGAUCCACAGAUCUACAAAGAGGAUUUCGCUAACCUGUCGCGUGGUAUCAAAGGUGUAUAAAAAUCUUUUCAAGUUGAAGUAGUUACAAUUUGUCACCUCCCUCCUUCCCUUAGAAUGAAUGUGAAUGUCUGUCAGAGAGAGACUCAUAUAAAUAAAUGCAAAGUUUUCAUUCUAUAAAUAAAACAUUGUGGGACAUGUUAAGGGUGGUCAGAUUAGGUAGGUUUGAUCUUUAUUGUGGGACAUGUUCCUAUUCCUAUAUUUAGGAGGAUAUCCAUGAGGUAAAAAAAGAAAAAGCAAUGAUGGAUGAAUUGAAGACCAAAUGGAUGGGAAGUGUUGUGGUUCUCAAUUUGUUUCAACUUGUCUUAUUAUUAUAUAUAUAUAUAUAUAUAUAUGUAUGCUGGUUAUAUCAAAAGUAUAUAUAUAUAUAUAUAUAUAACAAAGACUAGUUAUGAACCGAAUCUGUCAAAAGGCAAUUGCGUUCAGAUUGAUUACCUUGACC